CCGCCAGAAAAAUUACACAGCCUUAGGUAAGCAGGCCUAGAAAAGACCAAGCGGCCUGGUCGGUUCAGUCCAUCCUUGCCUUUUUCCCAUGUCCUCCUCUACCUUCUCGUCCGCCCACCGGCUCUAUGUCAAGUCGCUUUACAAACGAUACCUGAAGAAUGAGCUCGAUUGGACAGUCACCAGGACUAUCUGGCGGGCCAAGGCCCUUCUGAUUAGAGCAGAAUUCGAGAAAAACCGCAAUGUGCACGAUCCUAGAGCACUGGCUGUAAUUUUGGAGAGAGCAGAGGCUGAGCUGGCAGCGAAAAAGCACCCCGACCCAUACAUUAGUCCCUUAUUCCCUGAUGGUACUAAAUGGGAACGAAACACUCCCCCUCCUAUGGGACCUCUAUAUGAUCAUGAACUAGCCGAGGCAGCCCACUAGAUGACCACGCGGUCGGGAGAAGAGGACUUAAGGCACAUAUGAACUGGGUGGAAUUCAUUGAUCCCUUGGAUUACCGUAGCGCAAUGGAUGACUCUGGCUGCAAGAGAUCUGGUACGGUUGUAUUAUCACGCUGAAAUUUUACCAGUUGUAUGCAAAACAUUCGUGCAAUGGCAAUGGCGGCAUUCGAUGACAUAUGCGCGACAUACGUGUGUUCACGCUUUGCGACCCCACUGCUCCGUACAACGUUCUUUCACAGUUCAA